AUGAAGAAAAUCCUUCUGGGGUCUGUGCGCCCAUUCAACACGUAUAACAUCCCUUCCAUUAUCAACAACUCAAAGGUACACAGAACGUAUAGAGAAAAUCACAAACGAAAUGAAGACGCGUUGAUGAAAAUUUACAACAAAGAAUUGGUGGCAUUCCCAUAUGACGAGGAAAAAUUUAAUAAGCUGCUAAAUAUUCAUGGGACGAUAAAAAAAAAAAAUGUUGCUGAUUUUUUUUUCAAUGCAGACAUGUAUAUCAAUAUAAAGAAUGACAAAGUAAGAAAUGUUAGCCCUUCCCAUUUCGCCAUUGAAAAUGUCGAUAAGUGCUUCCUGUUUGAGAAGGAGUACUUGGACGGGUUUUUCCCUGAGGGGCUUGCUGGGGAGUUGCCCAAGGACAUUUUGAUGCACGAUGGGGGGUGCAGCGAUAGGGAGAGCGGCACGCAAGCCAAAGGAAAGGAAGCCGUCCCGGAUGGUGAUCACCAAAAUGAUAACCUCGACAUGUUUCUGCGCGAACUGGAAAAGAAUGACGUUGUGCCAGAUCAACGCUUGAUAAAGAAUGCGCAAAAUUUGAAGGGUGUAGGACUGCUGUUCAGAAAAUUAGCGUACGAAAUUGUAGAUGAGUUGAAACAUUUUGAAGAGAAUUACAAAAUGUGCAAACGGAGGGAUUCAUACAAGCUGGAUAGCUAUUUUGCGCAAAGAGGAGAAUGCACUAGUUACUACGAUGGUGGUGAUGCGAAUGGAGACUCAAAUGACGAAGUGAACGAAAAGAGAAACAACUCCAGGAGCAACUACAAUGGGAUGUCCUACAAAAGUAGAAGCUUCCUAAUAGACGGAAAGAGAGGAACAGGAAAGAGCUGCAUUCUAAACACCAUAGUCCUCUGGGCCAAGUUAAAUCAAUGGUUUGUUAUCUUCGUCCCUGAUAUAAAAAAAUACAAAUUUGAUAUUAACACCAUUGUUCGAAGUAAUACAAAUUUGUAUAUUCAGCCAGAACUGAGUAGACAAUUUCUGGAAGACUUAGUAAAAACAAAUGAAUCAUUUUUAAAAAAAUUAAAAGUUGAUAAAGGAAUUCUCGAAAUUACCUGUCUAGAUGGAACACAUUUAUUGUACAACAAAAAAAUUUAUGAUGAGAUUAUCAGAAAAACAAUCGAUGCGGAAGUAGCAAAUGAUGAACAAAAUUUUAAUGCCUUAAAUGAAAGGGAAAAAAAUAUGUACAAGCAAAAAUUGUACAAAUUUUACUAUGACAAUGUGAAAAUACCAAACCUACUGGAUAAAUUUUCAGUACCCCCUAAUUUAUUAGAAUUAGCACACAUUGGGAUUAAUAAUGUAUCAUAUGCCAACCUUUGUGUCUAUGCAUUGUUUGAACAUUUGAAAAAACAAACUGAAUUCCCAAUUCUUAUAGCUGUCGAUCAAUUCAAUUUCAACCUCAGUGUCUCAGAAUAUCUGUCCAUUAAUUUUGAAAAUACAAAAUAUAAUGGGUACAUUCCUACAUACUAUUUUACUAUUCCUAAAUUGCUACUCAAGUGGGACGCCAAUAAAUAUAAAAGGUGCGUCAAAAUUGUUUCCACCUGUUGGGACAGAGAAAAUAGAAGAGAUUUCAGGCCAGAACUUUUGGGCAUACACAAAAGGGAUGUUAAAACAGCUCGUAAUUUCACCCUGCGCGAGUUUAAGAAUUACGUUGCCCAUUUGUACAACCAGAACGUCAUAUAUAAUUUCGAUGUGAAUAAGUUGGAAUACUUCUACAUGCUGACUGGUAAGGUCAUUCUGUCUGCAUAUGGAAUUCUCGCAUUUUGUGCAUAUAACGGGGGGCAUGCUUCGGACAAGCGCUUGGUACUGUAA